AUGGAAGAGCUUAUAAAGGGACUCAACGAACGCCAAAGGCUAGCAGUAACCCAUAGAGAAACUGAUGUGUUGCAAGUUCUUGCUGGACCUGGAACAGGUAAAACAAAAGUUCUUACUGCAAGGUUUGCUUAUCUAGUAACGGAAAAGAAAAUUCAUCCGUUAAGGAUAAUAAUGACAACCUUCACCAAGAAAGCUGCGAACGAAAUCAAAGAGCGUCUUCAACCCAUACUGAAGGAAGUGGGUAUCUCCGCUGAUGGUCUUCUUAUCGGAACGUUUCACUCAAUAUGUUCAAGGAUAUUAAGACAAGCAGGACACCUAAUCAAUAUACCGAAAAACUGGUCUAUCGCGAAAUCUGAGGACUUUAGUACCGUCAUAAAGACUAUCUUAGAGGAUAUGCCUGAAUACAUAAUUCAAUCGUCUAGGUUCACUACUGAGUUACUUGAUAAGAGACAGAAUGUGAAUGUGAUAAGAAACAAGAUCGCCGACCUUAAAUCCAAGGGAAUAACACCACAAAUAUACCUUUCUGACUCCACAUCCGAUCCUGCAAUAUCAUACAUAUACGAACAUUUGCAAAAAAUGCUACUCUCCGAAGCUCUCUUAGAUUUUGAUGAUAUUUUACUGUAUACGAAAAUCCUGCUAGAGAAUCAUACUGUUUGGCCAUUCAUCAAACAUGUUCUUGUCGAUGAGUUCCAAGACACAAAUGAUCUGCAAUUAGAGCUGGUAUAUCUACUGUCUAGAGGAAGUCAUGGUAGCUGUAGUGGUAUCACUGCAGUAGGAGAUCCAGAUCAAUCAAUUUAUGGAUUUCGUUUUGCUUCUUCGGACAACUUCCUUAAACUUAAGAACAGAUCUCCGGUGGAGUUUAACCAGGUGUCUUUGAUAGAAAAUUAUAGAUCAGCACAGUCGUUACUAAACUUUUCAGAUAAUAUUAUAUCUCAACAACUAACAGAAAGAAUAAAAAGAGAACCAUUAAAAGGUCAAUAUGAUCACAGACUUAAACCCUUUUUUUCGCAUUUCGAACGGACAGAUUCUAUGGAGAAUAAUGAAACCAAUGGUAUUGCACAUGAAAUCAUCUAUUUGUUAUCUCUUCCAAAUCUCUACAAAUAUUCAGAUAUUUCUAUAUUGGUCAGAACAAGACGCCAAGUAUAUGAUAUUGAAAAAUCCUUGUUGAAAAGACACAUCCCAUAUAAAGUUAUAAAUUCAAAAGCUAUAUGGGAGAGAAAAGAAUCUGGCAUGUUUCUAGACUAUUUACGUGUUAUUUCACAAAAGCACACUACUUUAGCAACUUUGAGAUGUUUACAAUUCUCAACAAACGGAAUAGGCCCUGCAACUGUCAAAAUUAUCAAGCAAUUUAUGGAUUCUCACAACGGAGAGUGUUCUUUCGAUGCUCUGAAAACUCUUUGUAACAGUAAAACAUUAAAAGGUGAAAAAAUCAUGCAAGCAUUGUGCUCAUUUGUUACAAAUAUCGAAAAACUACAAAAAGCAUGCCAAACUUACAACUCUUAUGAUGACAUGAAAGAGUUGUUCGUCCAAAUAUAUGUACUAGGCAAACUAUAUCUGGUUCUAGAUGGGACUACCGAAGAGUUAGACAAGAAAAUAUAUGAAAACAAAUCUCGAAUGGUUGAAUUCCUCGAAUCUGAGCAUCCAACCAUGUUUAAAAUAUAUGAAAUAUUCACUGAAUACCAGAUAUCCAACACAGAUGAACUUAUCUCAAUAAAGAAUGAUUCUGAUAAUCUUGACGAUUUAGAGUUGGUUUACGAGAAUCAUGACAAUAUUAAUAUAAAUAUUCUGGAAGUUUUAAACCUAUUCGUAAAAUCGGUUGCAUUAUAUGCUUCAGAAGAAGAAGAUUUUAAAAAUAAAUCACAACGAUCAUCAGAACCAAAUGAGAAAGUUACAGUUUCGACUAUUCAUGCAGCGAAAGGGCUAGAAUGGCCCGUCGUUUUUAUUCCAUCAAUUAAUGAAGGAUUGAUUCCAUUUACGGAUAAAUCUGCACGACAGAGAUUGGAAGAUUUGGCUGAGCUGCGUCAAGAAGAUAGAUCAGAAGGGGAUGAGAGUGAUGAACUAGUAAAUAACUCAACGAAACAACACUUAAAAGAGAAGGAAGAAGAAAUAAUGGAUGAUAUGGCGAAGAUUCUAAACGAAGAAAGAAGAAUUUUUUUCGUCGCAAUCACAAGAGCAAAGCACCUACUAUACCUUUCUUCGUCAGGGAAGAAGAGUGUGUUUUUAGAGAAAUGCGAACCUUUUUACUCUCAAAACACCCUCCUAAAUGAUAAAGAAACCAUUGAGAAAUUCUACAAUUCAAUCCAAAAGACAUUGAAGGAAGAACCUUUGAAAAUAUCUUUGAACAAAUUAUGCGAAGACUACAGAAAAUACAAAAAGAGAAGGUCAAAAGAUCUUAUAUGGAAUGGAGAAGUCAUAAAUUCAUUUUCUUCAAUAGACUUUUCCUGUAAUACUAAACCAAUAAAUUCAAUUGGGGUUAAACAUGCCUUCAAACCAGCCAGCUCACUUCUAUCAAUAAACAGCCCCACUUUGAUCAAAAACAACAACUCGACAAGACCGAAUACAACUAGUGAUGUUAAAAGAGGCGAAACGUCUUCUUCCAACAAAAAUUCCGACACCUUGCAGGCCAAUAAUAAGAAACGAAGAGUAUGUAUAGACAUGAUAUUCGCUAAGAAAACUAACAAUGAACUCAAACUUGUGGGAAAGUUGUCACCUAAGAACGUUUUAUCAGCUAGUAAUACAACAGUAAUUAAGCCCAAUGCUCCUAAAAACUAUAAAGUUCCUAAGACCCUUAGUACACCAACACCAGGGAAACAAAAGUCAUAUGCUCCUGCAUAUACACCGGUAAGGAACAAUGCUGCUUAUAUAUCAAAACGUAAAGGCAACACGGGCGGGACAAAAAUUGUUCCAAAGUAA